ACAUAAGUAAUGCAGAUAGGCAUCUCAGAUUCACAACUGGUCUCAGAAGAAGAACUCAACCUUUACCUGAUUUCCUGAAGGAAAAACAAAAACCAAUGGACACGAUUCCAAACUUUUCUACGGCAUCAUGGGCUCUGCUGUUUACAAUCCUGCUGCUCCUCUACCUUUAUGGGACCUCUUCACACGGACUUUUUAAGAAGCUAGGGAUUCCUGGACCUAAACCUCUGCCUUUUGUUGGAUCGAUGCUUGAAUACAGGAGAGGUGUACGGAAAUUUGAUGUAGAAUGUCAAAAAAAGUUUGGGGAUGUGUGGGGGCUAUAUGAAGGACUGCACCCUGUUCUGGUCAUUACAAAACCAGACAUGAUCAGGGAAGUGCUAGUGAAGAAUUGUUAUUCUGUCUUCACAAAUCGGCGACCUUUUGGUCCAGGUGGAAUUAUGAAAAAAGGUAUUGUAAGAGCAAAGAACGAAGAAUGGAAAAGAAUUCGAACAUUGCUGACUCCAACCUUCAGCAGUGGCAAACUGAAGGAGAUGUUUCCCAUCAUCCAAGAGUAUGGAGAUAUGCUGGUGAAAAAUAUGAGCCGAGAAGCAGAGAAAGGCAAGCCUGUUGAUAUGAAAGACAUCUUUGGGGCCUACAGCAUGGAUGUUAUCACUAGCACCUCAUUUGGAGUGAAGGUGGAUUCCCUCAACAACCCUCAGGAUCCCUUUGUGAAAAAUACCAGGAAGCUGAUAGCACUUGACUUUUUCAAUCCAUUGUUUUUCUCUAUAGCACUCUUCCCAUUCCUCCAUAAAAUAUAUGACAAACUGAAUAUCUCCAUAUUUCCAAGUGAUGCUAUAACAUUUUUACAAAAUUUUGUAAAUAAGACAAAAAAAGAUCGGCUUGAAGACAAUCAGAAGCACCGAGUGGAUUUCCUUCAGCUGAUGAUGAACUCUCAGAAUUCCAAGGAUGUGGAUUCCCAUAAAGGUUUCUCUGAUAUGGAGAUCAUGGCCCAAUCAAUCACAUUUAUUUUUGCUGGCUAUGAGACAACUAGUACUACUCUCUCCUUUCUUAUGUAUACACUGGCCACUCAUCCUGAAGUCCAGAAGAAACUCCAGCAUGAGAUCGAUGCAGCCUUUCCCAAUAAGGCACCUGCCACUUAUGAGACCCUGGUAGAGAUGAAAUAUCUGGAUAUGGUAGUGAAUGAAACUCUGAGAUUAUAUCCAGUGUCUAACAGGGUUCAAAGACUCAGUAGGAAAGAUGUUGAAAUCAAUGGCGUGCUCAUUCCUAAAGGGACAAAUGUUGCUGUACCUGUCUUUGUUCUUCACCGAGACCCACAAUACUGGAAAGACCCUGAGGAGUUCCACCCUGAAAGGUUCAGCAAGGAGAAUAGAGAGACAAUCAAUCCUUAUGUGUUCCUGCCCUUUGGACAUGGUCCUAGAAGCUGUAUUGGCAUGAGGUUCGCCUUGAUGAACCUAAAACUUGCUGUUGUCAAAGUCCUGCAGAACUUCUCCCUGCAAAUGUGUGAAGAAACAGAGGUGAGACUGAAAACAUUGUCUUUUUGAGUGCAUUUUAAGAGG